AUGAACCUUGUCUGCUUACCUUACACCACUUGUCGAUUUGUCUACUGGGCCUGUCGCUGGGUCUUGCUUUUUGCAUUAAUGAGACGCCAAUAUGGCCUGGAAGAGAAAAUCUACUUGACUCGUCGUCGAUUCGGCCUGUCGCAGUCUCAAUGGGAUGGUCUUGGCACAAAUCAGCAGGAUAAUUUUCUUUCCCGGCACCUCUGGAUUACGGAGAAUUGGCAGGUAUGA